GAAAUCGCAUGGACUAUAUAAAAAUGACACGUAUUUUUGGAACACCACCUGCAAAGAUACCGGGAGAGAAGGAGAACCGAAAUUUACCUGAGAAUUUGGAAUGGGAGGAAAAACCAGAGAUUUCAAAAACUGGGUUCAGCUAUGAAGAGGAUCGAUGGUCUUCCUCAUUGAUUUCUUGAAUUGGGUUGUCGAUUUUUUCUCAAAUCUUAGCCUUUUUUGUGCAUUAUAAACUGGAAUUGGCAAUAGCCAUCUGGACCUUUUGCUGUUCUUCAUUGAAACAGUGGUUUUUUUGGGCGCCCAAUUGAUCUAGAAUCGUCCAAAACUCGUGGGUCUUUUUUAUUUUGAUCAGAAGGCAAAUUGGGGUUAGGGUUUUGGGAGAAAGAUGUUUUGGAGGGAACGUGAAAGAGAGAGUGAAGAGCGUAGUGGCGGUGGACCGCCCUUUGGGCAGGUUCGGGUGCUUGUUGUGGGAGACUCUGGUGUGGGAAAAACUUCACUUGUCCAUUUGAUCAUUAAAGGUUCUUCAAUUUCCCGGCCUCCUCAAACAAUUGGGUGUAUGGUUGGUAUAAAGCAUCUCACAUAUGGAAGUUCUAGUAGCUCUUCCAACAGCAAUAAAGGCAAUACAGAGAGGGAUUUCUUUGUUGAACUUUGGGAUGUUUCAGGACAUGAGCGAUACAAAGAUUGUCGGUCUCUUUUCUAUUCACAAAUCAAUGGUAUCAUUUUUGUCCAUGAUCUCUCCCAAAAAAGGACAAAAACAAGCUUGCAAAAGUGGGCUUCUGAAAUUGCAGGAAAUGGUACAUUCUCAGCUCCUCUAGGAUCUGCUGGUCCUUGUGGCCUUCCUGUCCCAUUCAUUGUUAUUGGUAACAAAGUAGAUAUUGCGACAAAGGAGGGCCAAAGAGGAAGCAGUGGCAAUCUUGUUGAUGUUGCUCGUCAGUGGGUUGAGAAGCAGGGUUUGCUUCCAUCUAGUGAGGAACUACCUCUGACAGAGAGUUUUCCAGGAAGUGGGGGCCUUAUUGCUGCUGCCAAAGAAGCAAGAUUUGACAAGGAAGCUGUGAAGAAGUUCUUUUUAAUGUUGAUCAGGAGAAGAUAUUUUUCAAAUGAAUUACCUGCACCAAACCCCUGGUCUAGUUCACCAUUUGAAGGACCUGCCCCCCACUCAAGUAAUAAUUUGAGUGAUGAUGAUGUCUUCCACAUGAAUACAAGUUUAAGCGGCGACCCUUACAAGUACAACAUUCUUCCCCCACUCCCAGCUCGGAAUUAUAUGCCUCCAUCCGCUCAACGUCCUCAGCAGCCAGUCUCCAUUUCUGACAACUACAACCUCCCAAGAUUCACACGAACUGAAUCUCCAAAUAGCAGCAACUCAAGAUCAAAGCGGGCAGAUAUUAAUAUCUGAAUAGGCAAGGCUUUUCUGCAAACUAGAUUCAAGGCUCAAGGAAAAAGAUUUGCUUGUUGGAUCAGAAAGGAGCAACUAGAUUGUCUUUUUGUUGAUUCAUAUUUGGGUUCCCAGAGGGGUUUCCCUCUGAGUAAAGCUGAUUUCUUCUCAUUCUGUUGGUUGCUUGAUCUCUGUAUGCAUCCCAUUUUUGUGCCCCUCUAGUUUGUGAUGUGGGUGACUGUAUAAUGAUUGAUUACCUCAUUUGAAAUUAAUGGCAAUUAAUUUUUACCCA